CAAAAUCCAAGUUGUUGGGAUAAAAAAAAUAAGAAAACGAAACAAAAAAGAUACGAUUAUGAUGUACCACUAAGGAGAAUUUUCUGCAUCUUGCUCUCUAAUUUCAUCUCCAACAGAGACAGCAUAUGCUUUCUGGUUUUUCUAACACUUGUACUGAAAGCCUGAAGAUAUUGAUGAAGGGUUGAAGCUCAAUUGAUCAUAUUGAUACAGUAGCAGUGAAGAAAAUGGGUUCAAAGAAGCCUUUUCUGGUGGCGCUUCUGGUGCAUGCUCUUUCUUCUGGCAUGAUCUUACUCUCCAAGGCAGCAUUCGAUAUGGGUAUGAGUAUAUGUGUGUUUGUCUUCUAUAGACAAGUCGCCGGAACUAUUUUCUUGGUCCCUUUUGCUAUUGUUUUUGAAGGGAAAAAAGCCAAGCCACUUUCAUUAGUGACCUUCUGCAAGAUUUUUAUGGUUGCUUUACUGGGGAUUACCUUUCCCCUGAACAUUUACGGGUUAGCUCUCGUUUACACAUCUGCAAGUCUUGGUGCUGCCGCGGUUAAUUGCCUUCCCGUCAUAACAUUUGCCGUUGCAGUUUUACUCAGGAUGGAGAAGGUGACACUGAAGACAGUCCCUGGCAUUGCAAAAGUUGCAGGUAUAGUGGUGUGCAUGGCAGCGGUUGUUACUCUUGCUUUUUACAAAGGACCUGUUUUGAAACCUCUGUUCCAUCCCCAUUUCCAACGUCAUAGCGGUGGCCAAGAUUAUCACAAUGCUGCUCAUGAUUCUUCUUCCAGAAAAUGGCUACUUGGAUGUUUCCUCUUGUUAGUUUCCUGCAUAUGUUGGUCCCUCUGGCUUGUGUUUCAGGCUCAAAUUUUGAAAGCCUACCCUUCCAAGCUUACUUUCACAAGCGUUCAGUGCCUGUCGGGUGCAGUUCAGUCAUUUCUUGUUGCUAUUGCUUUGGAAAGAGAUCCUCACCAGUGGAAGCUGGGAUGGAACUUUAGACUGCUCGCAGUAGUUUACUGUGGGGUUGUUGUGACUGGUGUUGCAUACUUUUUGCAAGCAUGGGUGAUUGAAAAGAAGGGACCAGUUUUCCAUGCUGUGAUGAUACCAUCAAGCCUGGUCAUUACAAUUCUUGGCUCAGUGUUUCUCAUAGGGGAAACCAUUAAUCUAGGAAGUGUUUUGGGGGCAAUCUUGUUAGUGAUAAGCCUUUACAGUGUUUUAUGGGGAAAGAGCAAAGAACAGAACAAGGAUAGUGUGGGUUGUUUACCUGUUCAAGAUCAAACAGACUGUAGUACACAAGUGAAAGAAACACCAGUUAGCAGCAACAUCCCUCGGCCAUCAUUAUCGACGUCAUUAACAUGAUCCAUGUUCUUUGAUGUGUUUUUCUUCAAUCUAUUAUUUUCUUCUGCCAUUUUGUAAUUGUUUUAUAGUUUUCGACAAGCUUCUAAUUUGUAUUUGAGCU